AUCCAGUGUUCAGCGCGUCCAUCGAGGCAGGCCUGCUGUAUCGUCCGUUCAGCUUCUCUUCGCGCAAAUCGCUGUCCCCUGGUCUCUGUUGCCUUUCGUCUUUCUCCACAAUGGCCCACCGCAUAAUAACGCAAGUCGUCUUCUCCGGCGCUCGUAUCAUCGGACGCGCCGUCUCCGAGUCCUACCGUCAGGCCGCUGCCUCGCAGAAGUAUGCCGCCGCAAAUGCUGGAAAUGGCGGAGGCAGCGCCUUCUCAUCCUCCAACAUCACCAUGGACGAGGCCUGCAAGAUCCUGAACGUUGGCCCCGGUAAGAUGGGCACAAUAGAAGCAGAGGCAGUCACCGAGCGAUUCAAGCGACUGUUCGACAUCAAUGAUCCGAAGAAGGGCGGCAGUUUCUAUCUGCAGAGCAAGAUCUUAAGAGCCAGAGAGAGGAUCGAACGAGAGUUGCAGGGGCAUCAGCGGAUGGCUGAGAGAGAACAAGAGCUAACAGAAGGGUUCAAGCCAAAAUUCACCAAGGAGGACAAGUGAGCGGGUGGCACUCAUGAAUGGUGUAAGGCCAGGCACUGAGACUUUGUGAACAUGAGGAGAAAGAUGUCGGACGCAUAUCUACGAGCGAAGAAGGGCUUGGAAUUGCAUCAAGAUGGCGUUGGUUUAUGGGCAUAGCGAUCGGACUUCUCUGGGCCUGUCUCGUGGGAGCAGUGGCGCUAACAGCACGUCCUCUCUGAGAACGUCAAAGAGGAGCACACGUGUACUUACACGUCUCUCCACUCUCUCAGGCAGACAUCUAGUCUCUUUAAUCUGUGUCAAAUAUUGUAACAUUAAAUGCUAAGAGCAGUGUAUCAUUCUUCAAGCAAUAUCUGCUGUAGAACCUUGUAUACUUAAAUGAACCACGAAUGGAAAGAC